AUGUUUACCAAAAGCACAGAUGGAGUAUUAAGGUAUGGAACUAGACUUUAUGUGCCGGAUAGUGAUGGAUUGAGGAGAGAAAUAUUGGAGGAGGCGCAUAGGGUAGCCUACAUGGUACAUCCGGGAGCUACCAAAAUGUACCACGAUUUGAAAGAGGUAUACUGGUGGGAAGGACUUAAGAAAGAUGUAGCUGAGUUUGUCUCUAAGUGCCUAGUCUGUCAACAGGUUAAGGCAGAACACCAAAGGCCCGCAAGACUACUACAGCCGUUACCAGUGCCUGAGUGGCAGUGGGAGCAUAUUGCAAUGGAUUUUGUAACGGGCUUGCCUCGAACUAGUGGGGGCUAUGACUUGAUCUGGUCUGAACAGAUGAUACAGACAUUGGAAGAUAUGUUGAGGGCCUGUGUAAUAGACCUUGGGGUCAAAUGGGAUCAAUAUCUACCUUUAGUGGAGUAUGCCUACAACAACAAUUUUCAAGCUAGCAUCCAAAUGGCACCAUUUGAAGCAUUAUAUGGAUGGAGGUGCAGGUCACCCAUUGGAUGGCUAGAGGUGGGAGAAAGGAAACUCUUGGAACCUGAGUUAGUGCAGGACACCACCGAGAAAAUACACACGAUUCAUCAAAGGAUGUUAUCAGCAUAA